AUGGCGGCAUCUUCGCAACCGCUGCAGACCAUCUCGUCGCCACCUGUGGCGGUCUCGCGUGGAAGCUCUGGGGCGAGCUUGGGCGAGGACGAGAACGGCGAGGCGGCCGAGCUGUACACAGAGACCGGAGAAGUCAACGUCAUUCGCGACGUUCUGGGCACGCUCGAUCACGUAGGCAAGGACUCGGAGGUGACGCUGCUGCUGCUGGAGAACGGGAUCAAGCUGACGGUGGUCAAUGAGUCUAAGACUGUCCUCGCCAACGCUUUCCUGCAGGACAAGCUCUUCUCCAAGUACGCCGUGGCCGUAGGCGUCCGCUUUACCGUCUCGCUCACCGUCCUGCUCGAGUGCCUCACUCUGUUUGGCACGUCGUCGACUGGCCGGCCGCUGCGGAUGAUCCACGCCCGCGACGGCGCGCCGCUGGUGCUCGAGCUAGUCGAGGCGUCGGUGGCGACCCGGUGCGCCAUCGCCACCCUCGUCGCGGCCGAGCCGAUCGAGCUCAACUUUGCCUCGCCUGACGUCCGGGGCAAGGCCAUCAUCAUCUCCAGCGCCGUCCAUGACGCGCUGUACGAGCUAGAGGGCGUGGCCGGCUCCAUUGCCUUUGAGUUUGUGCCGCAGACUCGCGCGGCAAGCGCCAUGUUCCGCAUGAGUGCUCGCGGCUCGGCCGGCUCAUGUGCCAUCGAGUUCCCGCACACGUCGGACGGCGGCGGCACCAGCGGGGGCACGGCAGAAGUCGGCCCCGGUGCUGCUGCCCUCAUCGAGUCGUUUGAUACUGUCGAGCUCAUCACCAACGAGUACAAGACCGAGCUUGUCCACGCCUCGCUCCGGGCGCUCGCGCUCGCGUCCAAGACCUCCAUCCGGGUCAACACCGAGGGCAUUCUCUCGCUGCAGCACAUGAUCAACCGCGGCGACGAGCUGAUCUUUGUCGAGUUUUUCGUGGUUCCGGACGAGGCGUACGAGCCGGAUGCGGCCUAAAAGCCGGCGUGACUCGGCUACGGCACUCGCUCGAUGCCGCUCACUCCCGAUGCGCAUCGCGGGCACGAAAACGCCCCCGGGUCGCGGGCACGGUGCGCAGCAAGGCAGUAGUAGCAGCCAGAGUGGUGGCAAGGCUCGAGCCGAAAGGCAAAGCUUGCGGCGUUGACGCCGCACACGAUGCAGCCGGUCGGCACAUGCUUGGCGCCGGUGUCGGCGGCCGGGCCGACAAGGACGGAUGUGGCGGCGCGAACUGCCGACGACGCAGCGUAGUCGAGCGCCGUCUUGACCCGCUCGAUGUUGAUGAGCGGGAGAAGGGCUGCGAGGGCAUUAGAGAGCGCGAUCCAGCCAAGCGUCCGGUCCAUAAAGUGCAGCGCGACAAAGCGGGCUCGCCCCGGUGCGCUCCGCACAAGCUGCAUGCCUAA